UGAGCCAUGAGCAGGCUGCUGCGUCGCAAUUCCAGCCAGCUUCGGCUGCUCCUUUCCUCCGGUGGCCAGGUCACUCGUCUGGCCUCCUCAUCCUCCUCCGGGGAUGUGGAGCCCCCGACUAGUACCGCCCAGCAGGAGACUAGGAAGCCAAAGCGUCAGACCCCGCCCUUGGUGCCCGAUUCGGAGAUCAAGAAAUCCGUCUUCAUCUCGCAGUCCAGCGAUGUGUUUACCAACCUGGCCCUAGAGGACUGGCUGUACAAGAACUUCGACUUCAGCCACCACCACGUCCUGCUGCUGUGGGCAAACGAUCCGUGCGUGGUCAUUGGGCGCCACCAGAACCCCUUUACCGAGGCCAAUGUCUCGCGGCUGGUGGAACGCGGCAUCACCCUGGCCCGUCGCAACAGCGGUGGCGGAGCAGUGUAUCAUGACCUGGGGAACCUCAACUGCACCUUUUUCUCGCCCCGUGAGCGCUACGAUCGCAAGUACAACCUGAACAUCGUGACCAGGGCUUUGUUCCGAGAGUGGGCCAUCAAGGCGGAGAUUAAUGAUCGCGACGACAUUGUGGUGAUGGACAAAAAGAUUUCCGGAACGGCAGCAAAGCUGGGACACCCGAACUCCUAUCACCACUGCACCAUCCUGGCCAGCGCCAACAAGUUGCACUUGGGCGAAUCACUGGUAAAGGAGCCGGCCAACUACAUAAGCAGAGCCACGGCUUCGGUUCCGUCGCCCAUCCGCAAUCUGGUGGAUGUGAACCGUACGGUAAGCGUUCCGCAGCUUCGCUCUGCCGUGGGCUAUGAGUAUCUAAGGACGGCGGCCACCUCGCUGGAAGACGGCGGUAACACACAGACGAUGAAGCAGCGCGGAUUCCAACUCAUCAAUCCCACGGAGAAAUGGUUCCCCGGCAUCGAGGAGCUGCGCUCCAACUACAGUUCCUGGGACUGGGUCAUCGGCAAGACGCCCAAGUUCACGGUGCAAAAGGAUCUGGAUGUGAAGGGUGAUGAUCAGGACAUGAAACUGAAACUGAGUGUGGAAGUGGAAGCAGGACUUAUGAAGGAGAUUGGCAUCCAGUUGCCGCAGAGCGAUCAGCUCGUCCCGGUGGUCACUCCGCUCCAGGGCAAACCCUACAACGAGGAAUACCUCAACGGCAUAGUUGGCGCCCUGAAACUCGUCAGUGCAUCGAACGUGAAGCAGGCAAUAAACGGCUCGGCCUGAUUUCUGUUGUGUUAGCUCAACAAAAAAAAAAAUAACAACAAAAAAAGAAAAUAUUAUCCUUUACAUAGUUUCACUAACGUCCUAAUUUAGAUUUAAUCUUUCCAAGAAACCAUAUUACUAACCGACUUAGUAUUUAAGCGUUUUACAAGCAAAAUAUUACUUUUGUUAUUCCGUUUUGUAAAAAAAGAACUGCAAUUAAAUGUUUAAACAUUUUGAAAUGUUAAACAAAA